AAUGCUUGAUGUAUGAUGGAAUAUCCAUUAAUUUUUAAAAUAAAAUAGUGCCACAAAAUUAAUUUAUCAAGUAAUAUUUACAUAUAGCAAGAUUACGACUCAGAUUUAUUAAAUCAUGUAACAUUUCAAUCAUAUGACGUUGACAGGCAGCAGGAUUAUAACUUUGACAGCUCUUGACUCACAGAUAUCAUGACAAAGAUGACAAAGACAGAUAGACAGUAGACACAGUGACAACGUAUAUAAACCAAAGAGUAUAAUAAGUAUAGGGGAUAUAUAAACCGUCACCGUCAACGGUCAAACCGAUGCAGUCGUAAACUGAAAACUCUGCAAAGUUGUAACUUUAUUUUUCGAACAAAUAUAUUUCGAAAAAUCUAGUUUCCUCCAGGUACAAAUAAUUUCCCUAAACCAUACAUAAACUCUCAAGUAAAGUCAGUGACACAAUGGAAUUUCAUUUGAAUAUCUUUACUUUAAACUGUUGGGGCAUACCAGUAGUGUCAAAAAACCGUACCGAGCGUUAUGAAGCCAUAGCCAAAUAUUUGCAAGAAAGUUCUCAUACAAUAGUCUGUCUACAAGAAGUCUGGAGUGAAAAGGAUUAUUUGUAUUUGAAAGAUAGUUUAAAAAGCAACCUCCCUUAUUCUCACUACUUUUACAGUGGUGUACUUGGGUCAGGCCUAUGUAUAUUUUCAAAAUGGAUAAUGCAAGAUGUUUUCUUCCACCAAUGGCCUCUAAAUGGUUAUAUUCACAAGAUACAUCAUGGAGAUUGGUUCGGAGGUAAAGGAGUUGGUCUCUGCCGUAUUAAGUAUGGUAACAGACUAAUUAAUGUAUAUUGUACACAUCUCCAUGCGGAGUACCAUGAAGACGAUAUUUAUUUGGCUCACAGGAUGUUGCAAGCAUAUUCAACAGCUGAAUUUGUUAACUUAACAACUGGACCCGCCGACAUAUCAAUUUUAGCUGGGGAUCUCAAUGCUGGACCUGGCGAUUUAUCUUUCAAGAUAGUCACACAAUUACCACCUUUGGUCGACCCCUUUGCUGAAGAUCCAACUAAACCAAAACCCUUUGGAACUUGUGACUGUGCUAAUAAUAGCUAUUCAGAUCCUAAUCAAGUGAAGAUUUGUCCAGAGGGAAAGAGGAUAGAUCAUAUUUUAUAUAAACUUAACCCUGCUUGGGAGGCUGAAGUAAUCAAGUUUGGCAACCCAUUACCUGAUAGAGUGCCUGGCAAAGACUUCUCGUAUUCUGAUCACAAUGCAGUUUCCUUAGAAUUACUUGUUAAACCACUUGACAAUAAAUAUGUAGAAAAAGAAGUUAACAUUGGCGAUACGUUCGAUGACACAGCUACCCAAGCUAUUAAGGUUUGUGGAGAAGCUAUGACUAACUUGUCAAAAUCUAAGACACUGUACCUGACAGUUGGUGGCUUGAUCCUGAUGUUCCUAAUUGGCACGGUUGGUUAUUGGCCAAACAGCAUAAUUUAUGAUGUAAUCAAACUAUUCAUUACUGGACUUUGCUUCUACUAUCUUAUAAUGGGAUCAUUAUGGCACAGAAUCGAAAUGAACAGCUUGAAGGCUGGAUUGACUGCUUUAGAAAAUUUCUGCAGAACAAGAAUUGAAUCAAAGAUCGCCACUGAUUAAGCGUUGCUUUACUGCAUACAAUCUGACUAAAGGCAUAUCAAAGAGUACAUAUUAAAUAAUAUAAUUAUUAAAUACUGUAAUUUUGUAAUAAGGAAUUUGAACAUUCCUACAUUAUCUGCGUUUAUGCGUCUUAUGAGGCUGUUUACUUAAUAAUUGAUUAGAAAAUAAGUAAAUGAAGUAAUAAUAGAUAACCAAGCAAGUAUUAUAUGGAAUUGUCAGAAAUUGUGCGCUGCGCCUAGAGUGUGAAUGUAUGCAAAGUGCUUUUCUCUGUAAAUUUUUCUAUCAGAUAUCACGCAAUAUUAUUCAUUUUUUAUAAUCACUAUCGCGAGACAUACUAAA